AUGAGGGAUACGUAUGGAGAUCAUACUAUUACUAAAUCUUCAGAAGAUAUGAAAGAUAGAAAUUUGCAACAUCAACAAACCUUUCAAAAUGGUAAUAAAAGUAAGGCUGAUAUUAUUAAUAUUGCAAAUCAGUCUUCAUGUAAGCAAAUUCAAAAUAUACUUCAAGAGAUGAGUAUCUGUGGCUUAUUUAAUCGUAUGAAACCUCAAUCUGAAGAACACAAAUUUUGGAAUACUCAACCAGUUAUACAGAACGAUGAAAAAGUUGAAAAGUUUGGGCCUAUUGAACUAGAACCUAAUUCUUUUCGUAGAGAACCGUAUAAGCUGCCUAAUGGUUAUAUAUGGCACUCAUGUAAUUUGAGUAAUGUAGAUACUAAGGAUUUCCAAGAUGUAUACCAACUACUAGCUGAUUUCUAUAUUGAAGAUGAUGAUAAUCAAUUUCGUUUCUUAUACAGUAAGGAAUUUCUACACUGGGCACUAUGUGUACCGGGGUACUACGAAGAUUGGCACUUAGGUAUAAAACUUGAAGAAAGCAAUAAAUUAGUUGCCUUUAUUUCAGCUAUUCCAAACAAAGUACGUAUUCACAACUCUAAGUUACUUGUUGUAAUUGUCAACUACUUAUGUAUACAUAGAAAAUUGAGAUCAAAGCGAUUAGCUCCAGUAUUAGUUAAAGAAAUUACAAGACGUGUUAGAUGUAGAGGUAUUUUUCAAGCAAUUUACACUUGUGGAAAAGACUUGACAAUGCCAUUUGCAGCUUGUCAAUACUGGCACCGAUCUCUAAAUCCAAAGAAGUUAUAUGAAAUAGGUUUCUCACAGUUAACUAGAAAUAUGACAAUCAGCAGAGCUAUAAAAUUAUAUAGAGUACCAAGUGAUCAUGUACUAUCUGGAUUUAGACCAGCAACUAUUGACGAUGCUCCUCAAAUUUUGAAGUUAUUUGAAGAAUACUAUUAUAAAUAUAAAGAUGUUAGUGAUGAUACAUAUAAUAAUUUAAUCGAUUAUGAUACUAUCAAUCAUGAUAUAAGUUUGGUAACUAAAGCUUAUGACACAAUUAAGGAUACUUCAUUUGGAGAUAAACUUAUUAUUCACCCAAUAUUUGAUCUUGAAAUGAUUAAACAUAUUUUUAUUAAUAUUCCGGAAGUAAUUACUUCUUAUGUUCGUGUGAAUUCUGAGGGUAAUAUUACAGAUCUAUUUAGUUUCUUCUGUAUAAAUUCAACAGUCCUCAAUAAUCCAAGACACAAGUUAUUUAAAGCUGCUUAUGGAUUUUACAAUAUUCCCAAUACUUGUACAAUUACAGAGUUAUAUAAUGAAGCUCUUAUUAUUGCUUAUAAGCAGAAAUAUGACGUAUUUAAUGUGUUAGAUAUUCAUAAUAAUUCCGAAAUUCUCGAUUCACUCAAAUUUGUACGUGGUAGUGGUAUGCUGAGAUAUUAUAUUUUUAAUUGGCAAGUACCACUACUUAGUAGCGAAAAUAUAUACAUAUAUUUAUUUUAA